CGCUCACUCUUCCUCUCUUCCCUCUUCAUCGUCACCACCAUCUCAACCCCCACCAGCACUGCCGUCGGACUUUUUAAUGUCCCCACCAACUUCAGGCCCUCGCAGACCGUGACUUUACCCCUGCACAGACGUGCUGUCGCUCGUCUUUCGCGUCGCAAGCUUCCAUUGUCCCUGGGAGAGCCCGGCGCGUGGCGUCGGGUCUCACAGGUCGGUCCCUUGUCUGCCUCUCCUCCACUCUCGCCUACGUCGAGAGUGGUAGUGACGUCGUGACCUGCAGCGAGCAGCGACGGUGAACAGCGACGCGGCAACGCAGAGAACAAGAUGCACAUCCAGGAUGGACCAGAUCGGCGACCAGCCACACCCUCGUCUGUAUUGCCACCCGCAUUCCAGAGGAGUGGAAACGGACAGCCAGCUUCUCCAAUACGCUUCGCAACAUCCUCCAACGCCUUUGGUCUCUCCUCUUCAACAUCGCACUCUCAUUCCCACUCCCUUUCACAAACGUCGACGGCCAGCGUCUCCACCUCGCCGCUGGGCACGACACAUCUGCCCCCUCAGGCCCUCUCUCCUGCAUCCUCCACCACAUCUCCUCCAUCAGCCGGCACUGUACAAACACGCCGCCUUCGUCGUCCCUCCCUCCUCAGCUUGGCAUCAGCCGCCGCCGACCAAGCCCAUCACAAUCCCACCCUCUCACCUACACAUACAUUGUCAGCCGUCAACGAGCGGGACGUCGAAGAACCUGGCACCCUUCAACCGCUCCCUCGCUGGGGGGCAGGCACCGCGUUCCCUUCACUCAACACGCCCGAGCGUGUCAGUUCCGCACCUCCCAUCCCCUUCGAGGGGCUCACGACCAGUGCAUCACCCGCUCCGGAAGACACAUCGCGCUGGCUCCCUUCACGUCUACAAGCGCGGCGCUCUUCUGGAUCAGCCAUUGCAGAUCCCGACGAGAUGCCGCCAACUCCCUUGCGGCCCUUCAAUGCGCGGCUGCAAGGCCGCCCGCUACCAGGUCCCUUACUGGCGACGCUCAUCAGCGAGUCGUCGCCACUCGAGCACGAAAUGCGCUCUGAGGCACGCCUACAGCGUCUGCUCAGUUCACAUCCUUCCUCAAUGACCCUCACACCAAGGCAACGGCGCACCAUGCGCAUGUCGCGCGGCCGCUUUCCUGAGAUGGUUGGCGAUGACGACGAUGACGACGACAUGCCCAGCGGGCUUGGCAGUCGCUGGCGCGCCGGUUCCAGCGAUUCGGACAGCGACGACAUGAUGGAGGAAGACUGGCCACCACCCAACCAAACACCCGCCCAGGGCGCCGGCGCGGUGAACUCGGCUUUCGCAAGUGUCAUGGAUCUUGACAGGCCCUCGAGCGGCGGAAGCUCUGCUUUCCAGUCUAACUCGGGCAAGAGCACCCCGGGUGGCGUGCGUAACGGGAACGGAGCAACUGGCAAGCCGAGGGUCGGUGCGCCCUCGCCCGGCACCGGCCUGUUGCUUCCCACAGCCUUUGGUGGUCUCGGGAUGGGAACAGCAGGCUCCGCCACGCCUUUAGGGUCGCCGACAGCCGAGAAGGCCGAUUUGAUGCCAAGCCCCAGCGCAAGUGCAGUGGCUAGCCCCGGUAUGAUGCAGUACCGCGACCCCCCAACAAGCAUUCGUACAGGAAAGCGCAAAGCCGGGGCAGAAGAACGGUUCGACCCAUACAAGCGUCCGCGCGGCUCGUCGCCAUCACCGUUCCAAACUGCGGUGAUGUCGCCUUCCAAGCCGAUGGCCAUACCGAUUCCAUCGUCACCGUCGCAUGCCCCCGUCCUAUCGUCCACGCUUGCGCUUUCGUCGCCAGGCUACCUGAACCUUGCUUCAGCGCGUCCACACAAGCCAGCUCACCCGUACACCCGGCCCAUGUCCUCUCGCUCUCGCGCUGCCUCGCCCGCAUUGAGCAUUGGCAGCACAUCUGGUGUGUUGUCGACGUCACUCGGCAACAACGGUCUCACCAAGGACGGCAAGCCUUUGGCUGGGCCAUUCAUCCCGUCCGGUCCGGGCGCGAAGGAGGCAGUUAGCGCCGCCUUUGAAGCGGGAGCCGCGCCGGGUCAACUAGGAAGCAUGGGGAUGCUCUCGCUUCGUGGACAGCAAAUCUCAUACGACAGCGACCGCACGAAUGACAGCGACAGGAUGGAGGAGGAUUAGGAACGCGAAGACACAAUUACAUGCUCUCUCUUUGUUUGUACAAUACUGGUGAUGUACUGAAAAGCAAUGAUCUGAC